CUGAAAAUGCCAAGCACCAAACAUUGGAAAAGAAAAAAAGAAACAAAUUUGAAAAAGAUGAAUCAGAAACGUCAAAUGAAGAAAAUUUUGCGGCGACGUAAGUGAAAAGUGGCAUAUUUUUGCUUGCUUGUCCCAGAAAUACAGAUUUUUCGGUGGUGUAAUAGGCCAGCCAGCCGUGGGUACGGGCGAUACGCGUUUUAAACCAGCAGUUCCGUCGUAAGCCGCCUGCCAUGACGGAGUUUUGCGACGAUGUGAUUAAACUGUUCCCGCUGCGAACCAUCCCGGACGUGAUAAAGUUGUUCCGCCAGCAAAUCAACAACCGGGAAGAAGAACCAGAUCUAACGCUGCUCUCUAUUGUGACCGGAAUGAUAGAGCACUCGUUAACAACUAAGGUACUGGAGACAACCCCCACCACCGGUUCCGCUGCGAAUCAUCAACUGCAGCCGCAUAUUGAGGGCAUUAGCAAUUUUCCGGUCAUCAAGUACGAUGUCAUUGAAGGACUUUACAAAAAGUUCAAACUGGUGCUUGCCCCCAUCGAAAAGUUAUUGGUUAAGAAUACAACGGAUUCGAAGUUUGCCAGCCGGGAAGUAAUCAAAAAAGUAUCGGAUAUCAUUUGGAACUCGUUAUUGCGAAGCUCGUACAAAGAUCGCGCUCAUCUGCAGAGCCUGUACAGUUAUCUAUGCGGCAAUAAGCUGGAUUGUUUUGGCGUGGCAUUUGCCGUCGUAGCUGGAUGUCAGAUGCUAGGCUACAGAGACGUUCAUUUAGCCAUUUCGGAGGAUCAUGUUUGGGUGGUAUUCGGCAAAACGGGUGAUGAGACAAUAGAGGUUACCUGGCAUGGCAAAGGAGCCGAAGAUAAACGAGGCCAAUCUGUAGCGCCGGGGGUUGAGUCCCAAACAUGGCUGUAUGUGGCAGGGAAUCCGGUCGUGUGCAAUCGCUACAUGGAAGUGGCGGCAAUCAUUUCGGCCAUUAACCCUUCGCUAACGGCAACCAGUGCAUGUUUGGAGGUGGCAGAUCUGCAGCAGCAACUUCUUUGGCACUUGUAUGAUAUGGGCCACCUGAAGAAGUAUCCGAUGGCGCUGGGUUGCUUGGGGGAGUUAGAAGAGGUAUCGCCUACCAGCGGUCGGAAGAGUUGCGAAGAACUGUAUGCUGAAUCGGUGCGAUCGGCCCAAACUUACUACAAAAACCAUCACGUCUAUCCGUACACGUAUCAGGGCGGUUUUUACUACAGGAGAAACAUGUAUCGUGAAGCUUUCGCUUCAUGGGCUGACAGCAGUGAUGUUAUUAGACUGUACAAUUAUUCACGGGAUGAUGAAGAGAUUUACAAGGAGUUUUUGGAUAUUGCCAAUGAACUUAUCCCGCAGGUCAUGAAGCUCGAAAGCUCUGGACAUUCAGCAAAAAGUAUUUUACGCGACUCGCACUGCUUCGCUAAUUUGCUUCGAUUUUAUGACGGGAUCUGCAUGUGGGAAGAAGGAAGUUUAACGCCCAUACUUCAUAUUGGAUGGGCCAAGCCACUAGUGGCAACAAUUGCUAAGUUUGAUCAUGAUAUUCGAUCACAGGUGAUAAUAAAAUGUGGUGAACAGUCGCCCCGUGCUUUUCAUCGGCUUCUGCACCAUACCAAUGGCAAUACUGCGGAGAAGGCUAAAGUAACCGCCAAUGCCGGUCAAGUUACGAAUAACAACAAUAAUAAUAUUAUUAACAAAUCAGAUGCCAACUUAGAAAACGGCAAACCAGGAUUACCUAAAUCGCUUGAGGCAUUGGUCGGUAAGUGCGGAGAAAAGCUUCUAAAUCCGGAAUUCUUGCUACAGGGUGGUGGGCAACCAUUUACCUCCGAGGAUAGUGAAGUUGCCGCGAGUGAAGAUAAUGGUUCUUCGACGGCUGGCGCUGCGACUGGUCGAAACGGUCGGAAAGAAAAAUCCGUCGAGAAAAAGGAAACGGAUUCUAAACUGGAAACGAGUAAGGACACUCUCGAGCUGGUAGAUUCGGAAGAUGGUGGUCCGAAAAGGCCGCUGAUUACUCUGUACAGUCAGAAAAUGAAAGGACUCAAAGACCUGUUGCUGGCGGAAAAAUUGAAUACCAAUGCCAUUUCGUUGCAAAUAACGGCCCAGAGUCAGGUACAGGUAGGUGGUAAAAAGUCUCGCACCCAGCAAGGGGGUGCUCCACAAGGAGGUCUCCAGGAGAACGAGGCCAAUACUCGUUCAAAGCGAGCCCGAAGGGAGUAAAACCUUUCCAUCUUCUCGGUAACGGAAACAUUCCCUGAUUUCUGUUUUAGGCUUGCUUUUUUGUGAUUGUUUUUAAAUUAGUACCUAUUACUAUUACUACUUCUAUUAAUACUUAUUGGUAUUUAAAUGCGCUUAAAAAGUGCAUGAUUCGAACUUUGUUAAGGACAAGAUAUUUACGCUGUCUUUCAUAAUAUUUUCGAGCAAGCAUUGUGAUGCCAUUUUUUUAGAAAGCAAACCUAUAUUUAUAGUUUUAGAUGUUAACUGAUUCUGUUUUCUUACCUGUUUCUAUUUAUUGAAGUUUUCGUUGUUACUGCGUUAGCAAACUACUAUUGAUACUAAUAUUUCCUUCUAAAGGAAGCUAUCGUGACCAGAGCUAUGUCAAAUUCGUCGCCUACCGCCGCGACUGGCUGAUUGGUACAGAUCAAAUCUGUACUAUUCGGACGACAAAAAAAAUAUUAAAACAAUGCAUCAGUCAAAGAAAAAUUUAUAGAGUAUACGCUCGCGAAAAAACCUUAAAACUGAACAGAAGUUAUUAUCCAAAAUUCAAAGGAAUCGAAAUUUUUGACCUCAAUCAUUAGUAAAUUAAACUGCUUACAGCCCUAAAUUGAUGAAAGUACAAAAAUGCAAAAUUUGUCGGGGUUUCCUACUAGAUCAAAAUUGAUAAGAUAUCAAAAAUGUACCUAGUACAGAAGUUUGAGUUUUAGAACCAAAAUCAGGAAGCUAGAAACAUACAAAAACGUAACGCUAAUCAGGUACCUUGAAUUGGACAAACAUUUUGAGAUAAAAAAAGGAAAAAACGCGCACAUACAUACACUAUACACUAUCACACACUCUUAACGGAUUGGAACUGAUACAAAUUAGAAAUCGGUUGGACGAUCUUUUUAUAUCAAUAUUGGAUUGGCUUGAUUGAGGGUGAAAAUGACGGAACAAUUGAAAAAGGAAAAGCAAAAAUUAACGUCAGACUGAAGAAAUAUCGGAUAAUGGAACGGAUUGGGAUUAAAAUUUGCAGAAGUUAUAGCGAUAUUGCGAUUUUUUAUUAUUAUUCUCUUAAAUAGUUUUAGAUAUACAUUUUUAUCAUUACCACAUGGUCAUUCGUUUUGUUUUUUCUGCCUGGGUACACCGUACACUUUCUGACUCUUUGAGCCAUCUUGUUUGUAGAAAAUUAGCAGCCAGCAACACAUGAUAACAACGUGAACAAUUACCAUGGAAUUGUAGCGUUCUAGAAAUUUCAGAUACUCGCAAAAUCCGGAAAAUUAGCUGCAUAGUAUGUUAAAUAACCCGUUUCUGGCAAAUCAAAUUUGUCUAUGUUUGUUCAUGUUUAGACCAAUAAUUUGUUACAACGAAAUCACGUCUGAAAGACUCGCUUUAUUUAUCCUAUAAUGUGUGAAACAACAUUACAAACAUCUCGUUGGAAAAUUCUGGAAAGCGGGAUGGCUCGCCAACUUAUUUUACACUGAUCUCCGAAAUCAUCUUCUAUGGCAAACCAGUCAUGCACGAUUAUUCAGUUACUUGUAAGAUGCAAUUAUUUGAAGCUAAUAAUUUAUCACCUUUGAUGAUUAUGAUAAGAAUUAGUGCGCACAUUAGCGGUACUACUGAACCGUGGAAUGUUCGGAUGAGGAGAUUCGUUAUCAGUUUUGUCCGUGUCCCAGUUCUGAUCGAUAGAAUAUUCAAUGAUCCUAGAUCAAAUCGAGAAUGGAAUGUUAUCACUGAGCAGUGACUAGCAAUAGAGAGUCACGGAGAGCACUAAUAAUAUAUUUAUUUUAGAUAUGUUUUAUAAGACGAUUACUUAAGUUACAUCAUUAGACUCGUAAGCAAAAUAAUUUCCACAUAAAAUUGAAGGCAAAUUCAUCUGUUUUAUUAUUAUUAAGAAACAGCACCUUCAAUUGUUUAUUCUAAAAUAUUCACGGUGCUAUUUUACUUCAAAAUAAAUUGAGCAAAUUCAUUAUAUAAAUACACACACAAAAACAGAGUUAAAACUACGUUAAUUUAGUGUGGCACCGUGUAAUAUUUUUGUAGUACCUUUGUAGAAAAAAAACUACAAAAUUGAACCUUCACUCGUAAUCAACAUAAUAUUACAUUACAAAUCUGAGGAGAAUUAUUUAUGUUAAGGUUAAACUCUUAUAAAGAAACACUUUUAUACGCUUUAAAGAUUGAGUUUUUAAAUCAAAACAACAUUAAAUGUGAGUGGCUGUAUUGAAAUAUCUCAAAACAAUUAGCUAUUGAACUCCACAAGGAGGCUGAAGUCAGUAAUCAAAAUACGAAACUAUAAUUUGCAGAACUGAUUAUUUUUAAAGCUCACUGUAGGUUAGCUGUUUUUUAUGUAACCAUUUUAGUGCAGAUAGUCCUGGAUUUAAGUGAGAGUAUGCCACAAAUAAAUAGUACAAGUUUAAACAUUAUUUUAUCAAACAUGAUCAGCCACCAGACUCUAAUGUGCUAUAGAAUUACUAAGAGUACCAAUUUUUCUGAUUCCUCAGCAGUUUAAACUGCUCAAGCAUACUAAGUAAGCCAUCACGAAGAAAUGUCUUUCCAGAGGCUAGUUGUUUCGCUUCAGUUAGUAGUCAGUCACGCAAUUAAACAGUGAUUCCUUCAAAAGUAAGAUUAAAAAAAAUAUUGUUAACACUUCACUUCUAUUAAAAGAGAACUACGCUUUUAUUUUUAUUUUUUUGCAAACCAUUGUUUUCGUGUGACUAUCAGCACACUCUGCGCAAUUAUAUAUAGAAUUAGUUUAAGUUUUACAUGUACCAUAGGUAUAACAUCUCUUCACUAUUACAAAUCACACAAAACAACAGAAUUAUUCAAAACAGUUUCUUUCAUCAAUUUCCAAGUUGGUAUCAAAACAAAAAAAUAAACUGGUAAUAAAUAUUAUUACCUACUGCUAUUGUAAUAUAGAUAACUGUGAUGAGUAUAUAAUAUGUAUUUGAGAAAAAAAAUAAAACAAAAUAAAAAAAAUACAAAUUUAGAUACUUUGAAUGUAAAAGUAAUUUUUUCAGCAGAAAGAUUACACAGCAAAAAAAUCAUAACUUUCUAGAAUAUUCGUAAGCAAAUGAACGAGAUGAAAUUAACAGCAUAGGAGAAACACUUCUUGGAGAAAACACGUGCGAGAGCAGAAAAAAAGCAUACACAAUAUGAUACUAUAUAUAUUUUUGAGAUACUAUUCAUAUAUUUAUAUAAGAAGUAGACGGAAAAGCAAAUAACAUAUAAGACAAACAAAAAGCUCCUAACGAGUAAAAAUUUGUUUGUCCAAUGAAAAAAAAAAGCAAACAAACACAAUAAAUGUUCUUUCUUAGUACGCAUCAUAAAUAACAUAAACAGCGUCGUACAUACAUUUGAAACGCAUCGUUAUUAUAAAUUCAGUUGUUAGAAUGAGUUAAGCAUUUCUAAAGUAGCAGAAUAAAUUAUCUCUAUAGUUGAAACUUGAUGUUGAAAUUUGUAAACCCUAGUUACUUUUCCGAGUGGAACGAUACAAACGAAGGAAAAAAACUACUAAUAUUUGUUUCGCAUGGUACAAACAUAGUUGAUUGUUGAAAAUUGCAAUAACAGUUAGAGCGACCCACACAACUCAUACAUACGGUUGAAAGUUUGGUUACACGGUAGAGGAUGCGGAAUUGUAAGGGCAAAUUCACUGAUACGGACUAAUACAGUUAAACAAGAGACAAGGACACAAUCAUCUAUUCCUCGAGCAGAAAAUCCAAGUUCUAUAGUAAUCGAUUCAACAUAUUUAAGAUAUUACAGUAGCGAUAGUACCCGAACGGAAGCUUAACACCGUUCGCCAUCAUAGGCAAGUAACAGGCCGGCUUUUGUGCCGUGUAGACCAUGUGUACAACUUAAAAAAAAAAUGCUGCAAUGAAAAUAAACAUCAAAAGGGAAAGGCA